AUGGCGGACGUUAAGAAGCCUAAGGACUUCCAGGCCUUCAUGACCGACUUCCUCAUGGGAGGUGUCUCGGCCGCUGUUGCCAAGACUGCCGCUGCCCCCAUUGAGCGUAUCAAGCUUCUCGUCCAGAACCAGGACGAGAUGAUCAAGCAGGGCCGUCUCGCUACCCCCUACAAGGGCAUCGUUGACUGCUUCAAGCGCACCUACGCCGAGGAGGGCCUCGCCUCGCUCUGGCGUGGUAACACUGCCAACGUCAUCCGUUACUUCCCCACCCAGGCGCUCAACUUCGCCUUCAAGGACUACUUCAAGUCGCUCUUCGGCUUCAAGAAGUCCGACGGCUACUGGAAGUGGUUCGCCGGUAACAUUGCUUCGGGUGGUGCCGCUGGUGCCUCUUCUCUCCUCUUCGUCUACUCCCUCGACUACGCCCGUACCCGUCUCGCCAACGACAACAAGUCUGCCUCCAAGGGUGGAUCCCGCCAGUUCAACGGUCUCAUUGACGUCUACAAGAAGACCCUCGCCUCUGACGGUAUCGCCGGUCUCUACCGUGGCUUCGUUCCCUCCGUUGUUGGUAUCAUCGUCUACCGUGGUCUCUACUUCGGUCUCUACGACUCGAUCAAGCCCGUCGUCCUCGUUGGUCCUCUUGAGGGCAACUUCCUUGCCUCCUUCCUUCUCGGCUGGGGUGUUACCACCGGUGCCGGUCUCGCUUCGUACCCCCUUGACACUAUCCGUCGUCGCAUGAUGAUGACCUCGGGUGCCAAGGUCCACUACAAGUCCAUGUUCGACGCCGCCUCGCAGAUCAUUGCCGCCGAGGGUGUCAAGUCUCUCUUCAAGGGUGCCGGUGCUAACAUUCUGCGUGGUGUUGCCGGCGCUGGUGUUCUUUCUCGUCCGUAUCACGUCGAGCAGCUUCGAGAGGUUGCAGAAGAGUCGUGGAAAACAUCGAGUUCAACUCUCGUCUCGAGUCUGAAAAGUGGUGGUCAGGUAUCAGACUCUGAAUUUACUUCCGCUUUUCAACCGACGUUUUCCCCCUCUGUGCCUGGCAUCCGUGCCUGGGCGCCUCCACCCGUUUGGAUUUACGACAAGCUCCAGGAGAUCAUGUUCGGCAAGGUCUACAACCCCAAUCAGGCCGAAAGUGACGCCCAUAACCGUCUUGGUCCACCUGAAGAACCCCUCGGUCAUGGCCCAAAUAGGCGAAAAACCCGUCACGACUCGGAUCCAUCACCCGACCCCCCUUCCUCGUCCAUCUACCCAUCCCUCCCUCCCUUCCGAACCUCUCGAAAGCCCUGA